UUGUAAUCAUAAAAAUUCUAAAUACUUGAAUAAAGCAUAUAAUUUACACGGAAUUAUUAGAGGUCACCAAUUGCGUAAGCUUAUUUAUAUGUGAUACAUUGGGCGCUGCUUGCAGUAAUCUUUGUUCUGAGAUGGAGGCUAUACAGGAAAGCAAAUUGCUACGGUCACACCCGGACACACUUCAAGCUGUACGGGAUGAGAUCAAUCUCGCCAAACCGGGAGAGAUGAAGGCGGCUGUCAAGAUCCUUAAGGAGUGGGUACAGCAGCAACCGCAUUUUAAAAAGAAGGAUUUUAGUGAACAUAUGCUAGAAAAUACGAUAGUAGUGGGAAAGGGAUCGAUGGAGCGAGCGAAGAGGCAGAUUGACAAAGUGUGCACAAUGAGGAGUUUGUGGCCCCAUUUCUUUGCCAUAGAGGACGUUAGAACCGACUGCGCAGACACCAUUGAAGACGGAUGUAUAGCCGUUAUGCCGAAUCUUAACAAAGAACACCAUAGAGUGCUUGUGGUCAAAGUAGGAAAGUCCACAAUGACCUCGCAAAAACUUUUACAACAUUACAAAUUUGGAGUCUGUGUUUCAGAGUACCUGAAGGCCCACGACUAUGUGAAUAGCUACCACUACGUUCUGGACUUGCGACAAGCCAAUAUGACUGACUUUCUCAAAUCCUUUAACCUCACUGAUUUUCGGCAAAUAUACACCAUAUUAGUGGAUUGCUUCGGCAUGCGUUUAAAGGGAAUCCACUUGGUGUCAGAGUCUAAGCUGGUGGAUACUCUUAUAGGAAUUCUGAAACAAUUCUUGAAACCCAAGCUGAUUUCUCGUCUCCAUCAUUACUCAGACGUUGAACAAUUGGCCAAAGCUGUCGGUGAAGAGUACCUUCCUCAAGAUGUCGGUGGUAAAGAGAGAUGCGCUAGAGAUAUACAAGAGGAUUGGCUCACCGAGCUAUCGUCUAAAAUCAACAUGGAAUAUAUGCGUAUGAUGCGAGAGGCUACCAUCGACGAAAGCCUUCGGCCGAAAGGGGACUUCAGCCAGGAGUAUGCAGGGAUGCCCGGGACAUUCAGACUUCUCACUGUUGACUAGCAUCGAGAUUUUUGUCGAUUAAGCGACCAAGGUAAAAGUUAAUACUCAAACAUGGCGAAGCAAGUCAACAGAAACUUUUAUUAAGCUAUGUAGGAACGAGUGGCGGUCAUUCUUUUCAAACAAAUAUGUAAUCUUAAUGUAAACCGCUGUUUUAAAAGAUAUAUGGUUUAUUAUAUAUAUAAUUUUAAUCGAUUUUUGUUAUUUAUUUUAGAUAAUUAAACGGU